GCGGAGGGAUAUGCGCUCCGCCUCCCAGUCUACUUGACGCUUGGACAGAGGAGUCGGGGAGAGUUUGGGAAAGGCUUUGGGGGGAAAAAGUCACACAAAAAAAACGGCUUUAAAUAGAGAAAAGUACUAAGGAAGCGACCAGCCUGCCUCAGUUCUUGAAAGGUUCCACACUAGACCUUUACCCAAGCUGUAGCCACCUCAUCAUAUGGUACGGACCUAACCAGAGAGACAGAACGAGAGAGGGAGAAGAGGAGGGAGAUAAUAGCAGCACCAUGACCUCUAUGUCCAGCCUGUUCUCCUUCACCAGUCCAGCUGUGAAGCGUCUGCUGGGGUGGAAGCAGGGGGACGAAGAGGAGAAAUGGGCUGAGAAGGCUGUUGACGCCCUGGUCAAGAAACUGAAGAAGAAGAAGGGAGCCAUGGAGGACCUGGAGAAAGCCCUCAGCAGCCCAGGGCAACCCAGUAAGUGUGUGACCAUCCCUCGGUCUCUGGAUGGUCGUCUCCAGGUAUCCCAUCGUAAAGGUCUCCCCCACGUUAUCUACUGCAGAGUGUGGAGGUGGCCCGACCUACAGUCUCACCACGAGCUCAAACCUCUGGAGGUGUGUGACUACCCCUUCGGCUCCAAGCAGAAGGAGGUCUGCAUUAACCCCUACCACUACAAGAGAGUAGAGAGCCCAGUGCUGCCUCCGGUGUUGGUGCCUCGCCACAGUGAGUUCAACCCCCAACACAGCCUCCUGGUCCAGUUCAGGAACAUGACUCACAACGAGCCCCACAUGCCCCUGAACGCCACCUUCCCAGAGUCCUUCCAGCAGCACAGCGGGGGCAGCGUCACCUCCUUCCCAAUCUCCCCAAACUCCCCCUACCCUCCCUCCCCAGCCUCCAGCGGAGGGGUGGGCACCUACCCCAACUCUCCUGCCAGCUCCGGGCCCUCCAGCCCCUUCCAGCUUCCAGGUAGAUCUGAUACCCCACCCCCGGCUUACAUGCCCCCUGACGAGCAGAUGGGACAGGAGGGGUCCAUGGAGACCAGCAGCAGCGUGCCCAGGAACAUGCCUAGUGGGGAUGUGCAGCCAGUGGAGUAUGAGGAACCGAGCCACUGGUGCAGUAUUGUGUACUAUGAGUUGAACAACAGAGUGGGUGAGGCCUACCAUGCCUCUUCUACCAGCGUUCUGGUGGACGGCUUCACCGACCCCUCCAACAACAAGAACCGCUUCUGCCUGGGGUUGCUCUCCAACGUCAACCGCAACUCGACCAUAGAGAACACACGCCGCCACAUUGGCAAAGGCGUCCACCUGUACUAUGUAGGAGGUGAGGUGUAUGCAGAGUGUCUUAGUGACACCAGUAUCUUCGUUCAGAGCCGUAACUGUAACUACCACCAUGGUUUCCACCCCACCACGGUGUGUAAGAUCCCUAGUGGCUGCAGUCUAAAGAUCUUUAACAACCAGGAAUUUGCUCAGCUACUGGCCCAGUCUGUGAACCAUGGCUUUGAGGCUGUCUACGAACUGACCAAGAUGUGCACCAUCCGCAUGAGCUUUGUAAAGGGCUGGGGAGCUGAGUAUCACCGACAAGAUGUCACCAGCACCCCCUGUUGGAUAGAAGUGCACCUUCACGGCCCUCUGCAGUGGCUGGAUAAAGUGCUGACACAGAUGGGCUCUCCUCUCAACCCCAUCUCUUCAGUGUCUUAAUGGUGCCCCCCAUACCAGACUCUCGACCCCAUCUCUUCGGUGUCUUAAUUGUGCCCCCCAUACCAGACUCUCGACCCCAUCUCUUCAGUGUCUUAAUGGUGCCCCCCAUACCAGACUCUCGACCCCAUCUCUUCAGUGUCUUAAUGGUGCCCCCCAUACCAGACUCUCGACCCUAUCUCUUCAGUGUCUUAAUGGUUCCCCCCCCCC